CACAUCCAUUUAAUCAUGUUUGCCUCUAUCAUCCUGCUAUGUCUCUGUGUUGUUUUUCUCAAUCUUCUACUCAAAUCCCGGAGGCCUAAGAACUUUCCACCAGGACCCCCUAUUCUGCCGAUACUAGGGAACAUUUUGAACCUGAGCCUAGAGAACCCGCUGAAGGACUUUGAGAGGCUGAGGAAGUCUUAUGGAAAUGUCUACAGUCUGUUCCUUGGUAGCAGACCAGCUGUAAUCAUCAAUGGGAUGAAGGCCAUGAAGGAGGCCAUGGUGACCAAGGGCACUGAUUUUGCUGGACGACCCCAAGACCUGUUUGUCAAUGACACCCAGAAGAAAGGAGUGAUUCUGGCACAGUAUGGCUCUAGUUGGAGGGAUCAUCGUCGCUUUGCUCUGACAACCUUGAGGAACUUUGGUAUGGGGAAGAAUUCCAUGGAGGAGAGGAUUCAUGGAGAGAUAGAUUACACCAUUGACACAUUGGAAAAGAGCAUUGGCAAUACCUUGAAUCCUCAAGUAUUGUUUCAUAAUGCGGCCUCCAACAUCAUCUGCCAGGUUCUGUUUGGUACACGCUACGAGUAUGAUGAUGAGUUCAUCAAAGUUAUUGUUCAUUGCUUUACUGAGAAUGCCAAAAUAUCCAAUGGACCAUGGGCUAUGCUCUAUGACUCCUUUCCCAUUAUCCGUGGCCUACCGCUGCCCUUUGCCAAGGCUUUUAAAAAUGUUGAGACUUGUCAGAAUCUUACAAUCCGUUUGAUGAAAGAGCACAAGGAGACCCGAGUCCCUGGAGAGCCUCGAGACUUUGUCGACUGCUAUCUGGAUGAAAUGGAUAAGAGAGGUGAUGAUGGUUCUUCCUUUGAAGAAGAACAACUGAGGAUGUACACUCUAGAUCUUCACUUUGCUGGGACAGACACCACCUCCAACACCCUGCUUACUGGUUUCCUCUACCUUAUGACCUACCCACACAUACAAGAGCGUUGUCAGCAGGAGAUCGAUGAGGUGUUGGAAGGGAAGGAUCGGGCCAGUUUUGACGACAGACACAACAUGCCUUACAUGCAGGCGGUGAUCCAUGAAGUGCAGAGGAUAGCCAACACUGUUCCACUCAGCGUCCCUCACUGUACUACUAAAGACACAGAGCUCAUGGGAUAUUCCAUUCCCAGGGGCACACUGAUCAUCCCUAACCUGACCUCAGUGCUGAAUGAGGAGGGACAAUGGAAAUCCCCCAAUGAAUUCAACCCUGAAAACUUCCUCAAUGACCAGGGAGAGUUCGUUAAACCAGAGGCCUUCAUGCCUUUCUCUGCAGGUCCUCGUAUGUGUCUCGGAGAGGGUCUGGCUCGUAUGGAGCUCUUCCUCAUCAUGGUGACCCUGCUGAGGAAGUUUAAGUUCAUCUGGCCUGAGGAUGCAGGAGAGCCAGACUACACCCCAGUCUAUGGGGUCACGCUGACUCCCAAACCUUAUCGCAUGGAGAUCCAACUCAGGGCAACACAGUGAGACUGUCUGCAGACACAUGGACUGGAAUUUGCUCUUUCCUUAUCAGGUGCACUAUUCACAGCAGUCCCUAUCUAAAUGCUAGCUAUGACAGCUAACAACACACAUAGUGAAUUAUGCCAGGCGUCUACAUCACAUCUUUUUAGGUUACAGAGUAAAAUGUGCUUUUAAUGUACUGUGUGUUCUAUUAAGUAGAUUUACUAGAUACUUUUGACCUGAGACUGUCCUCCCAAGAAGAACAACAGCAUCAGUUGAUUCAGCAAGUACCCUAAAACAACAUGUGUUUACAAGUGACAAAGCCCCCUAUCGCCUGUAGAAAUUAUUAUAAGCGCAAAGGAGGAUGUCAGGUGGUGUUUUAAAGUGACCAAGUCUCCAUUGCAUAGGUCCGGGUGAGUGGAAUGGUCAACAUAACAACAGAGAUCCCCUUAAUCUUAAUAGAACCACGGUGUUUCUGUAGCCUAAACAAAGUAUUUAUUUUAACCCAAACCAUAAUGUUUCUCUAAACCAAGAUGCUGUUGUGCUUAGAUUGAACCAAACCUUAACCAUAGCAUUGUUAAGUCCUACAAGCGAUUUUAUUUCCCACCAGUGAUUUUUAAUUUUUAUAAAGAAAUAGACAAAUGAUGUUGGCAUGCGUCAAAUCAGGAAAACAUUUCUGAGUAGUUUGAGUAGGGCUUGGACGAAAAAUGUUCUUGCUGUUCAUUUUGGAGAACUUGUUGAUUCCAUGACAUGCUUUGAUAUGUGUCCUUACCACCCGGCCUACCUACGUAUUCAAAUGACUGUGGACUCAAAUAAGGGUCUUUAAUAGGGAUGAUCCGAGUAUCCGGCUGAAACGAGUAUCCGGUACG